AUGUGUAACGUCGUAUCUUCUUGGGAAGAUAUUGUUCCAAUUGUUAAUAAAGUUCUUUUUAAAUAUUGUGAUGAGUUUCGACCAACAGAACAGUCAGUGAAAACAGCUUUUUGUGAAUUAGGUUCAGAUCUUUGGAAUAAAUCUCUUUUGACUGUUAUUAAUGAUCUAUCUAAUAAAAAAUUUCCAACAUUGUUAAUUAUGAAGGAAUUCAUGAAUUAUUUGAUGAAAGCCGAUUCAGAUGGUGACAUCAGCUUACUUGAAGAAUUGUUUUUUAAACUUGUACUUUUUAAUCCUCCUACAAAUGCUAUGUUUGAUUAUUAUAAGUUAAUUUUAUCAAAACCUUACAUUAUGGAUUUACAUGGUGAAGUAAUAAAUUUGACGACCAAAUCGAAAUCGAUUGCAAAAAAAAGAUAUUUUGAAGAUCUUGACUGGAGUGAUAAAUUUAAUAAAUGUUUGAUUGCUUUAAAUUUUACUUAUAAUGUCUUCGAAACUGAAUUCAGUUAUUGGUUAUCAUCUGAAGAACACAAAUUUUAUAAUUCUAAAAAAAAAAGGAGGUCAUUGAUUUCUCAUAUGUUGUGGCCAGAAGAUGAAAAUUUAGAUCAAGAAUUAAUUUAUCCAUAUUUAGGUAUAAAAUCAAACGAAUUUGCCAAAGAAUUAGCAAUUAAUUUUUAUGACGGUAAAACUUUUCUUCAUUUGGCAUGCGAAAUAAAUAACGUUGAGGAAAUAAAAAGUUUAUUAACUUUUCCCGAAUUGGAUUUGAAUGCGAUUGAUCGUAAUGGUUGGACGGCUCUUCAUAUCGCUUGUCGAUUAGGAAAUUCAAAUUGCGUCCAUGAAAUUAUUAAUUUUAUUCCUUUGAAUGAAAAUCAAAAAUCUGUUGACGUCAGAGCGAAAGGUCCAGAAGGUUUAACACCGAUCAUGUGCGCCGUGAAAGAAAACAAACCUGAAAUAUGUCAUCAAUUACUUGAACGAUUCGGAUCGGUUUUAUUAGAUGACGUCAACGAUUUGGAUGUGACACCAGGAGAAAUGACAAACGACGAAGAAAUAUUAAGAAUAUUAAAAUAUUACGAAAAUGAAAAUCACGUCGAGGAUUUUAGUCUUUUUAAUAAAAAAAUAAUGAUGAUAAUAAUAAAAGAAGAAUAUGGAGAAUUGGGAUUUCAACUAUGUUUGGAAAUGAUACGAUCAUAUUUAUACAUUUACAGAUUAAGAGACAUUUAUAAAAGUUAUAAAAAGUUUAAGGAAAAUUCAUCUCACGAUAAUGAUAAUUUUACGGAUUUGAAUGUUUAUCCUCAUUGGGAUUAUAAAAGGAUAAAUAGGGAUGUAAAUAAAAAUUUAGACAAUUUGAAAGAACUUAUUGUAAAAUUGUCACCGGUUACGGAAAUACAAUCUUCUCUAAAAAUAAUUUCUACCAUUUUAUCAUUUUAUUAA